AUGGCUGGAUCGAGUGGAGCUGAUCUUCGUGCGCCGGUAUUCAAUGGUGAUAGCUUUGAUUUCUGGCAGAUUCGGAUGAAGAUAAUAUUCCGAUCGCACAAGCUCUGGGAUAUCGUCGAAAAUGGUGUCGAAACUUCUGCGAAGAAGAAUGAGGAACUCACUGCAGCUGAGAGCAAGCUAUUGAAGGUGAAUAUAGUCAGAGAUGCGAAGGCACUUGGAAUCAUUCAAGGGGCGGUUUCUGAUCAGAUUUUUCCGAGAAUCGCCAUCCAAGAGACUGCAAAUGCUUCUUGGAAUGUGUUGAAACAAGAAUUUGUGGGAGAUAAAACAGUUAGACUAUUUGAUAUGAUUAGUCAAAUGAGGGGUUAUGGUGAGAAUAUUAGUAAUCAGAGAAUUGUCCAAAAAUUGCUGAUCAGUUUACCUAGAUCGUAUGAUAGUAUUGCUUCUGUUAUCGAGAAUACUAAGGAUCUAGACAUUGUUGAUGUUCAAGAUGUUGUAGCUAUUCUAAAAGGGUAUGAACAAAGAAUUGAUAGGCAUGAUGAGGCUCACAUUGAGAAGGCUUUUGUUAGUCUCAAUAUUACUCCAAAGCAAAAUAAGUACAAUGGAAAUCAGGGGUUCAAACCACAAAAGAAUUGGAAGUCAAAGUGGAAGAAAGGAGAUAACAAACCUAUAAAUCAAGCUGGAAAAGCUGCAGGUACCUCUGAAGGAGCUAAGAAUCCUUGCAUACAUUGA